GUUUUCUCCGUCUUCAUUGUGAGUGUUCUGGCCCCGCUGUGGACUGUUUAUUUGCUCGGUUUUCAGGUGUUUCUUCGACACGCACCUAGGUGUGUUUUUUUUUUAUCCCAACUCGCUUCUUCUCCGACCCUUGCUGCCUUCCUUCCUUCCUGCUGGUCGAGCUUUGGAUUGUAUCCCCGCAGCAGCAGCGGCAGCAGGAGCAGCGGCGGCGUCGGCGGCUAGGCUAGGCCUGAAUCCACAUCGCAAACACUUAUGGACUUUGAAAAACAGACCUAACAGUCUCCGGAAUCGCGUGUGAAUGGAGCAGUGUGCGAGUACAGCCUCCCUGCUGGCCUCGGUGCGGGAGCAGGAGAGGCAGUUUGAGAUGCUGAGCCGAGCUCUGGAGGAGGAGCGGAGGUCGUGUGCCGGCACCUUGCCCCGCCCCCUCCCCAACAUGCAGAACGGCCGCAUUCCUUGUGAUGCAGACAUAGAGAGGCUGAAACUGAACGAGGGUUACAUCAACGGGACACAUCACUUCAGGAUGGAGCCUGGUCAGAUGGUGCAGGAGACGUACACGGUGGAGGAGGACCCCCAGGAGUUGCCACCUGUUGUCUCCGUGGAGACCAGUGAAGAUGGGACUACACGACGCACAGAAACCACGGUAAAGAAAGUGGUAAAAACCACCACCACCCGUACAGUCAUCCCUUCCGUAUCAGACACACUUUCUAUUGAUGGUGGAGGUUCUGUGACGGGUAUGGCCGGCUACACUACACCCAUGGACCGGGUCUACAGGCCGGGACCUGGUGGCCCUGGUGUGCCCAUGGACUAUCCUACUCACACUGUGCCCCGCAACUACCAUUACGGCCCUCCAGCAGGCUACGACGACUACCGAGCUGGACCCCCAUCUGACACCUACACAAGCCUAAACAGAGGAGCUCGUAUGGAUGAUCGCUACAGAGAUGGAUACAGAACCCUGGAUCCAAGCUACAGAGCCCCCAGCAGGAACCAGCUGGACCCCUAUGCUGCUCAGCCACAGGUUGGGCGUAUGGGAAGUGCUAUGGAGCUGUCUUCUAUUCCAAGGUUUGUCCCAGAGCCGUACGGUCUAGAGGAUGACCAGCGCAGCAUGGGCUUCGAUGAGCCCGACUAUGGCAUGGGGCACCCAAUGCACUACAGCACUGUGCCCCGCAACCACCAUGCUUUCCCACAUGGGCCCCCUCGCAGGACUGGGAGUUAUGAAGGCACCUUGGAUGGCGACAUGAGCGGUCCAGGUGACAUGUACUAUUGGGGUGGAGGAGCGCCGCUGGCCCAGGGUGAAAGAGGGAGCAUGGCUUCUUUGGACAGCACUCUAAGGAAAGGCCCUGGCCCUUCUGGCUGGCGUCAGCCGGAGCUGCCAGAGGUCAUCGCAAUGCUCAACUACAGGCUGGACCCCGUCAAGAGCAACGCAGCCGCAUACCUGCAGCAUCUCACCUAUAAGAAUGAUAAAGUGAAGUCUGAUGUGCGUCGUCUGAAAGGCAUUCCAGCGCUGGUUUCUAUGCUUGACAACCCAAACAGAGAGGUUCACUACGCAGCCUGCGGAGCACUGAAGAACAUCUCAUAUGGCAAAGAUCCAGAUAAUAAGAUCGCCAUCAAGAACUGUGAUGGAGUGCCGGCUCUGAUCAGGCUGCUGAGGAAGACCCGUGACCAGGAUCUCACUGACAUUAUCACAGGGACCUUGUGGAACCUGUCAUCCCAUGACUCCGUGAAAAUGGAGAUCGUGGACCACGCACUGCAUGCCCUCUCUGACGAGGUGAUGGUGCCCCAUUCAGGCUGGGAGCGAGGGAGUAACGGAGCAGGAGGUGGCGAGGAAAACUGCAAACCCAGACAUCUUGAGUGGGAGACGGCCCUCACCAACACAGCCGGCUGCCUGAGAAAUGUGAGUUCAGAGCGAAGUGAGGCGAGGAGGAAGCUGAGGGAGUGCACAGGAUUGGUCGAUUCGCUCAUGUACAUUGUCCAGUCCCAGAUUGACUGUAAAGAUGUGGACAAUAAGUUGAUAGAGAACAGCGUCUGUCUGCUGAGGAACUUGUCUUAUCACGUGCACCGCGAGAUUCCCGGCUGUGAGCGCUACCAGGAAGCUGUGCCUAUCAACCAGGGCCCUCCUCCCUCCAGCCAGAAGGGCGGUUGUUUCAGCUCCCGGAAGAGCAAAGAUGAGUGGUUUUCCAAAGGAAAGAAAGAUGAGGAUCCAGCUGCAGAGGUAAUAGACAUUCCUAAGAGGACCACACCUGCUAAAGGCUAUGAGCUGUUGUACCAGCCAGAGGUGGUUCGCAUCUACACCUCUUUGCUAAAGGAGUCCAAGAACCCGACUGUGCUGGAAGCCUCAGCUGGAGCUGUUCAGAAUCUGUGUGCUGGCCGCUGGACUUAUGGGCGAUACAUCCGUGCCUUGCUGCGUCAGGAGAAGGGUUUACCUAUGAUGACUGAGCUGCUGGCACAUGGGAAUGACCGAGUGGUCCGAGCGAUGUCUGGAGCUCUCCGUAACCUGGCCAUCGAUGCACGCAACAGGGAUCUGCUAGGUAAACACGCGGUGCCUCACCUGGUGGCCAACCUGCCCGGUGGCGGUCAAAGUCAGCCAGUGCGAGCGCUGUCAGAGGCGACAGUGGUGUCUGUACUGAGCACGCUCCAUGAAGUGCUGGGUUCCAGUCUGGAAGCUGCCAAGACUCUGAGAGCCUCACAGGGAAUUGAGAGACUGGUGCUCAUAAACAAGGAUAGUAAUCGCACUGAGCGGGAGGUGCGUGGAGCUGGCCUGGUGCUGCAGACAGUGUGGGGCUACAAGGAGCUGAGACGCACUUUGGAGAAGGAUGGCUGGAAGAAGACGGACUUCAUGGUCAACUUAAACCCUCCCAGCAACAACAACAGAGCCAACGGUGGAUAUGAGGACAGCACUUUGCCACUCAUAGAUAAAGGCGGCAAAGGCGACCGGGAAAUGAUUCCAAUGAAUGACUUAGGACCAGAUGCUUACUCCACACUGGACCAGAGGGGGAGGAACAGUCUGGAUAACACACUCGAACCUGCUGACAGAGAUGCAGUACAGGGAGGGAUGUAUGGGGAGAGGCAGGCCUCCUUGCCUCUAAUGGAUUCUUACGAUGAAAAACUGAUUGUGUGCAUCACAAGACGACAGCCUCCUCCCACUUAUUGCCCUUGCUGAACUGACAAUGGGGGACCACUACGCUACCGAUGGACUAAACUCAAUCCUUAAAUCUCACUCUUUUGUUCCUCCUCACUCUCUUGCAGCUUCCCUUCUCUCUCUCCUCUCCCUCUCUCUGUUACAUUCCUGCAUUGCAGCUGACAAACUAAUGAAACUACACAGAAAACUGACAUGGAUCUGCGCUCCCUGUGGACAAACCGGACGUGACACUAUGACCACUUAGUGCUCUGCGAGUCUCUGUACUCCAAAAAAAAACCCCACUCAAUCACAUGAAUGUGGCUUCAACACUACAUCUCCAAUGCCUACAACUUUCCUGGACGACACUAAAAGCUCUCUCUACGACAGGGACUGUGGCUUCACCUGAGAACUUUUGUAUUUGUUGGAGGUUGGAGGGUAGACUUAGACUAAUGAAAAAGAACUGUUGGGAUCAUAGCAGGACACUUUCUGCUGAAAUUUUACACGUGACACUUGGUUUUGAAAAUAAUCGAGGGACUGUCAUUUUUUUUCUCUCUCAUGGUUAUACACUACGAAAAGAUAAUUUCCUACCACUGAGAAUCAAUCUAAUUAGAUAUUGUGUAAUAGCUUCUGCUUCUGUUUUGGUUGUGGUUGUUCCUCUACUUGCUUUGCUCUGUAUUGUUAAUUAUGUACCUGUGCCGUACCUGUGCCAAAUGACACUGCUACUGCCGCGACUGCCAAUACUGAAUGCAAGAACAUGACACACUCACUUCUUAUUUUUCCAGCAGCAACACUGAAAGACGGUCAUCUGCUUUAUUUUAUACGCAAUUUGUGUUGGUGACAGCCCAUUGCCAAGAUGCAUGAAUAUGCUGCAUUUUCUGUAACUGAUUGUGAUCCUCAAAUAUAAGAGGGUGCAGGUCCUGGUAUGGAUAUUUGUACAGACAGAAAUAAAGACAAAAGAUUUGCUACCUUGUUGGAAUUGACAGUUUCAUAUGUUUCUAAAGUGAUCUUUCAGUUAAAUGUAAUACUUGGGAGAUUUGACAGGAUUCAGUAUGUGCAUUUCCCUGUAUCUGCAGGUCUAUAAUCUUAUGAAUGUGUACAUAAAAGUCUGUCUUUAACAGUGUGCUAACUGGAGUGCCUCGCUGUUUCAGGAUAGGUCUGAUGGGUGUGUUCAAUGUGACCAGGGUAACCAGUAAAGCUGUAUGUUUCACACCAGCUUACACAUUAGGCGUUUUGUAUACGGAACUCAGCAGUUUUUUGUUCUGCAAGAGUAUGUGAACUUGUACGUAGGAACUGAUUCUUGUUGGAAUUGUUUUUGUUUUUUUUCAAGGUAUGAAACUCUUGAGUCCUGUAUAAUGUACCGCUUUACAAACCCACAGCCUGCCUGGCUUUAACGCUACAGAACAGUACUUGGGAGUUGACACAGUAUUGUCAGUUUUUGCCCACGUUUCUUUAGUACGACGCUUGUUUCGUAGAAGAAUGCAUAUUCUUAGUGCCGAGUGAGAUGUAGAUACUUACUGAGUGGAUUAUUAAAAGAAGCACUAUGGGGGUAUGAUGUGUGUUUUUCUUUUUCUUUUGUUUUUUUUUUUUAAGCAAAAGCCUUUCAUUUGUUUGCUUUCCAUGCCAAUUUUAGCAUGACAGAGGACACCUCAUUUUCUCACGUUAACAAGUUGCCUUCAAGAGUGUAAGGAGGCCAGAAUUUCCAAUUUAGGUAAAGAGGAGAUCGAAAAAGCACAUUUAAACUAUAUAUACAAGAGAGUAUUUGUUAUGGUAAUGUAAUGGUUUUAUGUAUUUUUUUUUCUUAUUUUAUGUUGAUUUGGGUUUAAUUGUUUUGGGUGCUCUGGGUGAACGCAUAUGCAAUCAGUCUUUAUGUUUGAUUGAAAACAUUCAUGUCUUAAUUAAAAGAAAACCAAGUUAGAUCAACAAACAUCCUCUGACACACUCAUCAGAUACUGGAACACUAGUGGAAAGAAUCAGAUUGUGGACUACACCUUAAUCUCUUUGCCUUGGCUCUUAAAGUUGCACAUUCUCAUUUAUGAAUGAAUUAUGUAACUAGCAAUAAUGUUUUUAAUAAAAAAGAAAAUGAUUUCUCAGCA